AUGUCAUCUUCACCAAAGUACAGUGUCAAUGUUCAUUGCAAUGGUGAAAUAUACGAGUCUGAGUUUUAUGGGUGCAUAUUAUUGUAUCCUUAUGGUGUUCCAUACGGUGUUCCUGCUCCUGCUCUUGCUCUUGUUGCACCUCAGCAACAACCUCAGGGAUCGUAUUACUCUGCUGCUCCUCCGACGGGGUACCCUCAAACGGCGGCAUAUAGUGCUCCUGCUCCACCUCAGCAGCAACAGCAGCCGGGAUCAUAUUAUUCUGCUGCUCCGCAAGCGGGGUACCCUCAGACGGUGUCGUAUGGGUCGCAAUCGAAUGUGUAUGUACAAGUGGAGGAAAAGAAGAAGAGUAAGUUUGGUGGGAUGGGAACCGGAUUGGCUAUGGGUGCGGUUGCUGGGGUACUUGGUGGCGUUGCAUUAGUGGAAGGUGCUGAGUUUAUUGAAGAAAAGUUCUCAGAUGAUGAUGAUUUCUAG